AUGCCAUUGCAGACGGUAUGGAUGGGUUCUUCAAUUAAACUCAUCAACUUUGUGGAGGUUCCUUCUGCAUUAAACAUUCAAGGUCAGUAUAGUUCAAGGUGUCUUUACACUACUGCACUGUAAACCAAUUCUAAUUAAAAUUGCCAUAUUUAACGUCUUAAUUUCUGUGGAUUUUUACCACUUAUCUUCAUUUUUGUCACCUAUAUUUUCCAGCAUGAAAUAUUUCCCUCCCUAUGCAUUUUUUUUCCUACAUGUUUUAUUAUUUUCGAGUUACAGAAGAGGUAAAAGAAUGUAUGAAUGGGAAGCGGGCCUACUAUGUGAAAGUAUCUUUAUUCUAAGCCUUCUGUAGAGUUAAGAAUUUUUCUUUGCAGUACUCUUAAACAUAAACAAGGAAGCCAUCUUUAGUAACUUUUGUUGUUUGUUUCAGAUUUCAGACUUUUUUUAUUUCUGGAUAAGCUUUUCAAGUGAUUUAAUUGUAUUGGAUACACUCAAAAUUACUUUUUUUCCACAAUAUACUAUCAAAAUAUUAAAACAUUUUCAAAGUUUAUCCAAACAUAUAUCAAGACCUUUAUUAGAAGACUGCAAAUAGCACUUAUCAAAAUGGCAAUAGGAAGGGAACGUACACAAUAGAUAGAAGUAAUGAUAUGUUAGGAUUAAAGUUCCUUUCAUAUUUCAUUUGCCAUGACUGAAUACUUUAGCUUAGGUAUGUCAAACUCAAGGUACAAGGGCAUCAUCAGAACUAAUAUAUUGCCCACAACACUAAAAGGACAUGAAUGUUUCAGACAACGGUCUCAUUCAAAGGCUUUGUGUCUGUAAAGCAUAAUACUGUUUGUAAUUGGCAGCAUGUGCAGCUUGAUGCAAUUAACCACGUGCUGUAUACAAAAAAUAUUAAGGUGUCACAUACUGCAGAUGACAGUUUUCUGUAUAAAAAGGAACCUUGCAAAUGAUUGGUACUUGGCCUGUAAUGCACUCCCAGAGGCACAAAACAAUUUAUAACACAAAGCCUCAUAUUUUACUAUACAGAUUAUUCUCUGUGGUCUUAUAGUUGUGCCUAGACACCAUCAUUCCCACAGUGUUUUUCAUUUGUAACUGUGCCAGAGAUUACUAUAGCCCCCUUUUCAUUAAUUACCCCCAUCCUUUUUUUUUUUUUUUUUUAAUUUCCAAGAAAGAAAGGUAAAUCUGGUUUGGAGGGAAAAACCACAAUGUUCAUUUAGAAACAUAAGAGAUGCAGUCAUCAGUAGACAGAUCUAGCUGUAUCCACAUAUACUCAACCUAGUAACUCAAUCCCCCCCACACUCACCCUCAUACACAAAACACACAUUAAGACCCCACCCCAUAUAUAGUAAAUGUAUACACAUUUAUUACAUACUAUUGUGUUUUAUAUUCCUGUAGAAAAGGUUGAUGUGCCUGGUUCUAUUCGAUACUUGCGAGGGCCAGAGUUACUGAUUGUACGAUGCAAGGUACGUGUUCUGGAUCAAUGCCAAUAUGUAAAUGUGCAUACAGUUCAAUAUUGCAGAGCUUUUGACAGUGUAAGAUGCACAUUUAUUUUCCCAGUAGGGAAGUCUUAUUUAUUUAGAAUUAAACAAUAUAAUGUAAAAAAAAAUUAAAUUGUAUCAUAUCAAGGGCUUCCUUGUUGACGAAUGUUAACAUUUAUAUUUGAAGUUAUAUCAUUAAGCAGGUAACUGGUAAGUAAAGUGGUUCUGUCCGAAAUGCUAACAUCUGGCUUUAUUUGACAGGAUGGCUGGGUUGGAAUUAAAACAGUAAUUUUAAAGAAAAAAUUGUCUGCCAAGGACUUCUACAAUGGGUAUCUGCACCAGUGGUUUGUACAGAAGCCAAGUGUUCAGCUGGAGACAUGCAGGUUUCACACACUGUACCUGCCCCCCAAAGUCAAGGUUUCCAAACCGAAACAAGCAUCGCUGAGAAAUACAGUACGGUGAUGUUAUGUAUUCUUGCACUCAAUGGCUAACUGGAGAUAUUCAACUAAAUGCAGCUUUUGGAAGAGAGCACUUACAUGCCCUGGUUCAUGGUGGAAAUUGUCACAAUUGCAGGAAAAUGCUACAAGACAAAUGAACAUUUCAUACACAACUCUUAAUAUAAAAUAUAAUUUUACUUAAAAUAUCAGGGAUUAACAAUCUGCUAGUGUGCACAUUUAAGAAGGGAUUGCCAGGAGCUACAGUAUUAAAAUGCUGCCUCUCCUAAACCAGAUAGACCAUGGACAUGUUGAUUAUUUCGUGUUGACACCCAGAGAAAUCAGAUGCAAUAUGCUAUUUGGGAAGCUGUUUUAAACAAUUCAUCUGGAGUUUAAGUAAGUAAACAUUUUUAUUUAAUAAAAACAUUUUUGCAAAUCAGCAUUGUGAUCAAAG